GGGUUAGUUGCAUAUUUAAACGCGCCAGUAAAGAUGGAUUCAUCGGGCGAACAGCCCAUAAUUGCAGUUGUAGACCAAAGGAACUUCCGGCAUAAAUUAGCUGUGAAAUCAUACACCAUUCCCUUACACUGUACAAACAAAAUUAAAAAUCGUAUGCAACAUGACAAUGUGUGCAGAAAUUAGAUAUCCCAAAAACAAACCAUUGCACGCGCUGGUAAACAAUUCCAAACCCAAAUGUAGACAACAGAUACACCAGCCACCCAGGAAAAUACACCACUGCCCAGGAUUAUUGAAGUCAGGAUGCUGGCGCCCAAAAAGCUGCUUAAAACAAAAAACCAGGUGGAGCCCCUCCAGGAUAAGAAUUCCCGAAGAGUGAAGACCAAGCCAAAUGCGAAGGGCAAGGUCAAGGAAAAGGAAACGGAAAAGGAAAAGGAAAGGGGCAAGUUCAAAGAAAAGGGUAAGUUCAAGGCCAAGGGCAACGGCAAGAGCAAGAACAAAAACAAGAACAGGGACUCCAAUACAAGCACCUCGUUGUCAUUGGAGCGAGGCAGCGGGGAUGGACCGCAUCAGGUGGGCCAGCAGAGCCUGGUUGCGCUCCGCUUCAUGGACAUCUCGCUGCGCCACUCGGAUGUCCAGCUGCUCCAGUCCGCUCACGAGGGCGUCAACGAGCGGCUGGUGGCCUUCUACUACGCCUACCUUCAGCACCGCCGUUACCGCUCCGAGUCGGAUCUGCACUUCCUGAAUCCGGGCCUGGCCGCACGACUGCGCCACAUGGACAUGCGCCAUUUGUGGGCCAUGGUGCGCGACCGCCGUCUCAACGAGAAACAGUUCAUCUUGGUGCCGCUUUCCACCCAUCCCAGACCCCACGGACACUGGUCCCUACUGCUGAUUUCGCGGCCGGACAGCAAGUUCUACCACUACGAUUCGUUGGACAACUGUCAUUCGCCGUUGGCUGCCUCGGUGUCGGAAACUCUACGGGCGCCCCUCGAGGCCUGGAAGUUCGCCCUGGUCACCGGUCGCUGCCUCCAGCAGGAGCGCCAAGCGGCUGGCAAGGAAGGCUCCGGCCGCGACCCUGCAUCCGGAAUCCACCUGAUGUGCAUGACCGACCACGUUGCGGACUAUGUAGCCAGAUGCGGAUACGCCACCAGUUCGCUGCUCAUCGCCGUGGACCAAAUCGCAGACAUGCGCACCCACCUGGUCGAGCUAAUCCUGUCGCUCGGCGGGAUCCUCCCCUCAAAGAGGGGCCACUAAAAAGGGGAGCAUCUUCAAGCCCGUGUGGGCCUACAUUCGAUUGCCUUUUGUUUGUUGACGCAUAAGAAAAUCAGAAAAAAUUCAAAUAAUGAGCCUAUUUCCUGUUAUUAUUAUUCAGUUCUUGCUCCACCAAUAAGACAUACUCGUGCAUAAAUUAAUUGUGCAAGUAUGGCAACAUAAAAGGCGCUAUACUUUUGCAACGAAUAUUAUUCGAUGGCUUCACAGCUAGGA